UGUAUUUGUUGCUGUCCCCCGGCAUGGCCCCGCUGUGGUGGCUGCUGGGCUCGCUGGUGGCCGCGGUGGCGGGGGGGGGGUCGGUGGAGCAGCCCCCCGCCUCGGAGCCCGCCUGCCCCGUGUGCCUGUGGCGGCGGCAGAGCAAAGAGCUGCGCCUGGAGAGCAUCAAGUCGCAGAUCCUGAGCAAGCUGCGGCUGAAGGAAGCGCCCAACAUCACCCGGGAGGUGGUGAAGCAGCUGCUGCCCAAGGCCCCCCCGCUCCAGCAGCUCCUGGACCUCCACGACUUCCAGGGGGACUCGCUGCAGCACGACGAGUACCUGGAGGAGGACGAGUACCACGCCACCACCGAGACCGUCAUCAGCAUGGCCCAGGAAACGGACCCGGUGGUGCAGAUCGAGGGCAGCCCGCACUGCUGCUUCUUCAACUUCAGCCCCAAGAUCAUGUUCACCAAGGUGGUGAAGGCGCAGCUCUGGGUGUACCUGCGGCCGGUGCAGCACACCUCCACCGUGUACCUGCAGAUCCUGCGCCUCAAGCCCGUCACGGACGAGGGCAGCCGCCACAUCCGCAUCCGCUCGCUCAAGAUCGAGCUCAACUCGCGCUCCGGCCACUGGCAGAGCAUCGACUUCAAGCACGUCCUGCAGAACUGGUUCAAGCAGCCCCACAACAACUGGGGCAUCGAGAUCAACGCCUUCGACCCCAACGGCAACGACCUGGCCGUCACCUCGCUGGGGCCCGGCGCCGAGGGGCUGCACCCCUUCAUGGAGCUGCGCGUCCUGGAGAACAACAAGCGCUCGCGGCGGAACCUGGGGCUGGACUGCGACGAGCACUCCACGGAGUCGCGCUGCUGCCGCUACCCGCUCACCGUGGACUUCGAGGCGUUCGGCUGGGACUGGAUCAUCGCCCCCAUGCGCUACAAGGCCAACUACUGCUCGGGCCAGUGCGAGUACAUGUUCAUGCAGAAGUACCCGCACACGCACCUGGUGCAGCAGGCCAACCCGCGCGGCUCGGCCGGGCCCUGCUGCACGCCCACCAAGAUGUCCCCCAUCAACAUGCUCUACUUCAACGACAAGCAGCAGAUCAUCUACGGCAAGAUCCCCGGCAUGGUGGUGGAUCGCUGCGGCUGCUCCUAGAGCCGCCCUCCCUCCUGCCCCGCCUGCCUCUCCCCCGUCCGAGCGAGCCCCCGCUGCCCCCCGCGGGCUCCUCAGCAUUUUUUCCGCUCUUUUUUUGCCUUUUUUUUUUUUUUUGUUUUUUUUUUUUCAUUUUGUUGUUGGUUCGGGGCGGGGCGGGAAGCGCAAAGUGACAAAGGCCAAGCGUUGAAAUCGGUUUGGAUGGUGGAGGAGAGAGGAGGAGGAGGAGGAGGAGGAGGAGGAGAAUCGCACGGAGCAGCGACCCCGCGAUCCCACGCGCAUUGUGCAAUAAAAGCGACCGGACGGAGAAGGGAAAGGGGGGGGGGGGCCGGGACCCCCAGGCCGCGGUGGCGACACGGGGACACCGCGGGGACACGGCCCCGGGGGCGGCUCCCCCGGGCCAGCCCAGCGGGGAGAGCAGCAGCACGAGGAGGAGGAGGAGGAGGAGGAGGAAGAGCGAGCGCGCCCCGCGUCUCCCCGUGCUCCUGGAGCAGCGCUGGGGACACCGCUGGUGACACCGAGGGGGGGUGACCCCGGACCUCGCUGCGGCCGUGGGACCCCCGGCACCGGGAGGAAUCCGCCUCCCUUCUUUAAUUUAUUUAUUUAUUAAUCGCCCUCCCGGCCGGCGCUCGCCCCGCUCCCUCCGCUCGCAGCCGGGGCCGGCUCCGGAGGGGCCGCUCCAGCCCGGAGAGCCCCGGGGACCCCCGGGCAAGGACGGCCGGAGGGGCCGGAGCCUCGGCCCGGGCUUUGCCUGCAGCCCUGGCACCGGCCCCGCUCCGCCGGGGGGUGAGGGCGGCCCGGGGGUCACCCGGAGGCGACACCAGAAUUGCUGGGAGGCUCCGGCUGGGGCCGAAAUUCCGCUUACGCCGCACAUUCGCCUCGCGCUGCCCUCGGAGGGUUUUGGUUUUGUUCUUUUUUUUUUUUUUUUUUAAUUUUUUUUUUCUGUUGUUUGUGUUUGUUUCACGUGAGAACGAACCCCCCGCGUCUCCCGAGGCUCCGCCGCGGCUCCUGCGGUUCCCUCUCGGCCCCGAGCGAUGCGGGCGGGACCGGAGGAGGCUCCGGGAACGGGGAGAAGCCCCCGCGGCCCCCCAGCACUUAAACCCGGGUGCCGCAGGGGGAGCGGCCCCGGCCCGGGGGGCUCCGGCCCCGCACCCGCGCAGCACUUAGGGGGACACCGGCGCCACUCGGCAUCUGUAGCACUUGUCGCCGGCUCCGCGACAGCCCCGCCGAGCCCCGCGGCGCUCACGGGGCCGAGGGGACCCCCCCGGACCCCCCCUCCUGGCGCCGCAGCACUUAAGGGGCCCCUCGUGCCAGGCCGGUGCCACCGCCCGAUGUCACCGCCCGAUGUCACCGCCCGAUGUCACCGCCCUGGUGGCGCCGGCGGGGGCCGGGCCGAGGGGACGGGGAUGGGGACAGCCAGGAAGGGGAGGGGGAGGUCCCGCAGCGCCCCAAAAGGGGCACAGCCUGGCCCGGUGGCCACCAAACACCUCGUGGGGACCACCAGCCUCUCUUGGUGACCUCCAGCCCCUCGUGGUGACCUCCAGCCCCUCGUGGUGGCCAGUCCGGGGUCCAGGCACCGCCCGUCGGUGCCUGGGGGGCUCCGGGGCUGGCCGAGGGCAGAGACACCACACCGGGAAAGGUCCGGAAGCGCUGGGAGGGACUGGGAGGGGCCCUGGAGCCCCCAACCCGCGGUGCCGCACCCCAAAAACCCCGCGAGGCGCCGGGGCUGCCACGGGCAGGGGGCACAAAGGGGACAGCACGGGGAGGGCGGGCACUGGGACCAGUAACCCCCAGGCACUGGGACCAGUUGAGGACUGGGCACUGGAAGCCAGCGGCUCGAGGCCCUGGGACCAGUCAGAGCUGCAAACUGGGACCAGUUAUCCCCGGGCACUGCACCAGUCCCCCCAGUGGGCAGCACUGGUCCCAGUACCGGCUCUAACUGGUCCCAGUGUCCAGACCUGAACUGGUCCCAGUACUGGCACUGACUGCUCCCAGUGCCCGGCUCUAACUGGUCCCAGUACUGGCAGUGACUGGUCCCAGUGCCCAGGUCUAACUGGUCCCAGUACUGGCUCUAACUGGUCCCAGUACUGGCACUGACUGGUCCCAGUACCCAGGUCUAACUGGUCCCAGUACUGGCACUGACUGGUCCCAGUGCCCAGCUCUAACUGGUCCCAGUGCCCAGGUCUAACUGGUCCCAGUAGUGGCUCUAACUGGUCCCAGUGCCCAGCUCUAACUGGUCCCAGUGCCCGGCUCUAACUGGUCCCAGGACCCGGCUCUAACUGGUCCCAGUGCCCGGCUCUAACUGGUCCCAGUACCCGGUUCUAACUGGUCCCAGUGCCCAGGUCUAACUGGUCCCAGUGCCCGGCUCUAACUGGUCCCAGUACCCGGCUCUAACUGGUCCCAGUGCCCGGGACCGACUGGUGCCACAGGCAGGGGGUGCCGGGGGGGGGAAGAUGGCGGCCCCCCCGAGUAUAUUAUUAUUCUAAUUAUUCUAAUUAUUCUAAUUAUUUCCCGCUCUCGGGCUGUGCGUGACGUCUUAGGUUCCUUUUCUGUUGGUCCGUCCGUUGUUUUUUGUCCCUCGUUCUGUCGCUCCGGGGGGACCCGGGGGGGUCCCGGGGGGGGUCCCGGGGGAGGGGGGGGCGGGGCCGAAC